AUGUCUCAACAACCGGACUCCUCCUCUUCCAAGAAGAUGACCUUCACCUCUGUUCCUGAAUCCAACUCUGGGGUUGAAUCUAUCAACCCUAACAAGAUUCUUGAAGUUGCUCCGUUACGAAUGGUGACAACUAAUGAUCUAAAAGUAAAGAAGCCUCGUACUCCGCAUGCAAGAAGACCUAAAGAAAAUGUAUCUGGUAAUGCUUCUAACACUUCUUCUUCCAUUCCUCAUGAGGACUUGACUAGGGAAGGCUUUGAAUAUGUCAAUAAUGCCAUUGCGCAAAUAGUCACUAGGAUCUUGAAUGAAAAACAUGAGGUACCUGGGAUAUCCAUCCCUCUAAAAUCUGUGAUUCCUAAACCUCAUUUGAACAAAGAACCUGAUGUCAAUCAAGAUGUUGAAACAAUGAAAGAGUCCUUAGGAAAGAAUGAUGAUGAUGUACACCAUGCUGAUGUUGUACACAAUGAUGGUGAUGAUGUUGAUGUUACUAAGGAUGUCAAUGACAAUGCUGAAACUGGUACUGAUACUGGUACAGGUACCAAUGUUGUGAAUCUUGAUGACUACUCAGAUAAUGAUCUGGUAGCUUCUGUCAACCCUAGCAUAGCCAAAAGGCUCAGGACUAGGAAAGGGAAGAAGGUUGUUGUCCAAAGCCCUCCCAAGAGGAUAGCUGUUCCUAAAAGUACUUCUGUUGGUCCUACCAAAUCUUGGAGCAAGGUGGUUCCCAAGAAAAGAAAGGCCAAAGUGAUUGCUGACUCUGACUUUGAUGUUGCUUGUGAUGUCCCUAACAUUCCUCCCAAGAAGAAGCCUACUUCUAGCAAGCUUGCUGCUAGAGUCCCUGAUGUGCCCAUAGACAACAUUUCCUUCCAUUCUGCUUCAAGUGUCAACAGGUGGAAAUAUGUCUACCAAAAGAGGCUGGCCCUUGAAAGAGAGUUAGCUCAGAAUGCUCUUGAAUGCAAAGAGAUAAUGGGGCUGAUUCAUGAUGCUGGUUUGCUGAAAACUGUUGCUCAUUUCUCAAAAUGCUAUGAAAUGCCUGUGAAAUAA